AUGGAAACAGACUGCAGACACAAUUUGGAGAGUUAUCCCUCAGCAAAAAGUGGCUUGUAUAAGAUAGCUUUAUGGAAGUCAAAGGAAGUGAUUCCAGUCUUCUGUGAUAUGGACACAGACGGUGGGGGCUGGACGGUCUUUCAAAACCGGUUUGAUGGUUCAAUUGACUUUUAUAGGAAAUUCUCCGAAUAUGAGAAUGGUUUUGGUGCACCGGGUGGACUGAAAUACACCCAAGAGAUAGCUAGUCAAGGUGCAACAGAAAUUCGCCUGGAAAUGAAGAAGAAUAAUGGUGAAGAAGGCUAUGAAACAUACAAGCUUCUGGAUGGCACAGAUUAUACAUUAUCUAUCAAUGAAAGUUCAGCACGUAGAUCAGCAGGUAUAUCAGAGAGAGAAUCAUUUAGUAUGACUGUAUGGUCAGGUAUUGGUUAUCCAUUCUCAACCUAUGACAGAGAUAAGGAUUAUGAUGGAAGCAAAAAUUUGGCCAUAGAAAGACACGGCGCAUGGUGGUAUGCCUCGGGUACGGAAGUGAAUCUUAACGGGAGAUGCAGUAUGCAGUGUAUAAGGUACCAGUAUAUCUUUAUUGAACAGGAGUAUUAUAUUAGUAGUAUUGAUGAUUGGAAUUCUGAUGGCAAGUUUAUGAAGAUACAAUAUUGUUGA